UUUUCGGAGGAGGAAGAUUAUCAAAAAGUUGCUGAUGAGAAGGAGGAGGGUAAGGGGGACGAGGAUGAUCAUGAAGAUGACGAUAAGGAGGAGGAGGAUGAAAGAGAAUGAUGAAUAA